AAAGGAUUUGCAAGCAAAACAAGUAGCGCAAAAAUUAAUUGCAUUUUUAUAAACGCUAUAAGGGCUUGUGCAAAGUUAACAUUAAUAAUAUUCCCUAUUUUGAUAAAAAAAAUAAAUUAAAGAAUUUAAAACUGGAAAUCCUACUAGUAACCACAGUUUGUGUCGAUUUACAACUACAGUUUUUAUAAGCGGAACAACUGAUACCUCUUUGUCGCUUAACGCACUCUCCUUGACGUCUGCUCUGCCGCCGACAGAUCCCGAUCAUCAUCCACAAUACAACAUGAACAAAUUGUGUCGCCAAGUGUCAAUUGAAUCGCCCGGACCGGGUGUCAAGAAUUGUGUUUUUAAUUUCUUUGUGCCCAUCGAGGAUACGCCGGCACAUGGCGCCCGCAUCAAGAUUGUAUGCGCCGGCGCCUGCUAUCGGCGCCGCGAUCGCGCCAAUUCGAUAACCAGCGUAUCGUCUGUCUCGUCGGAGCUGAGCGAUUAUUGCCCGUCAGUGACGUCGAUGUCAUCACCGGCUCAUCAGGGCAUACGUGAGGGCUCAUUCUUUCCGGGCUUUGAGGUGGCGGGAGUCAUUGAAUCGCUGGGUUCAGAGAUCACAGAGGCCAACAACUGUGGCCUGCGCAUCGGACAGCGUGUUAUUGUCUAUCCGUUCGAUGAGACUCCCGCCGGCUAUGCAGAACUCCUGGUGGUGCCCGAUCUGAAGUACAUUGUCCCGAUACCGGAUAGUAUGCCCAUGGAGGAGGCAGCGAUGCUGCCUACUGGCGCAUUGCUGGCCAUGCAUGCUGUAUUCAAAGCAGAAGCCGUUGUAACGGAUAUCCUGAACCAACGCGCCGCAACGGAUCCCAAUAAGAAGUGCAAGAUUUUGAUAGUCGGUACUGGUGGCUUGGCCCUAUGGGCAGUACGCAUUGCAACCUAUCAUUUCGCAUCGACUGGUGCACACAACGUGGACAUCACAGUAGCUAGUCUAAGGGACGAGGGCUUCCGUCUAGCUACAGAGAUCAAAAAUGUCAGCGUAGUGCAGUGGAACGAGUGUCUGUAUGAGCCACAGCUGAUUGAGCGCACCAAGGAUGUGUGCGGCGGUGCUGUGGAUGUAGUCAUUGACUUUGGCACAACUUCCAGAAGUCUACAUCGCUCCAUGCACUGCCUGUCCAAGGGCGGCGUUGUGCUCAUCAGCGAGGAGGUGGCCGAAAAGCUGUUACCAAAGUUCUCUAGGUUAUCGAAUGAGUAUCAGCAGGAGAUAAUACCAAUAUCAAAUGGUACCGUGGAGCAGCUCGCUGAACUAGUGGAGCUGGUGGCUAACAAAAAGAUCGAGCCGCCACCAUACUCCGUGUUCCCAUGCGAGCAGGCCGCCGAGGUUAUACAGAAGCUGAUCAAUUCCGAAAUACCCGGACGCGCUAUUCUACGCUUCCACGAUAUUGAAUAGAUCUUAAAAUCUAUCAAAGCAUUAACUCAUCGUAACUUAAAAUAAUAUCUCUGUUAGUUUUACUCACAAACACCCACACAAACACACACUCACACACACCCACGACAUUUGCCGUAAAUUAGCGCUGCAAACACACACCUUUAAAUAUGUGCUUAAUAUUCGUAGCAAGAAUUCUGUUCUUGUAAUAGUUUGAGUCAGUUGUUUGGAUAAGUUUUCAAUCGUUUUGAAAGCCACCAGUGAUUUUUCAUUAAUUUU